UUUGAUAGCGCGUUGGUUAAUGAGCGAAGUGUUGUUGUGAUAAUGUAAGACUGACGAUAGAUAGUAAUUAUAGAGAAGUAUGGAUAUUGAUUCAGCUCGGGUGUUAAUUGAUAUGAUUUCAAAAGAUAUGGGUCUGUACAGCGAUAUAGUGAAUGUUGUAGGCGCUCUUUACAUAGGAAAAAUUGCGCUUUCGUUAUUAGUGAAAACAGUGAAAUAUUGUCGACUGUAUAUAAAAUAUAGUGUAAAUGGAACGAGGAGUUUGGUGAAACAGUACGGGGAAUGGGCAGUGGUUACUGGUGCUAGUGAUGGCAUUGGACGUGCUUAUGCAGUUGAAUUGGCAAAACGUGGAAUGAACGUUGUUCUUAUAAGCCGUACUGCAAGUAAACUGCAAAAUGUUUCAGAAGAAAUAGCCAGACUGUAUGGAGUAAAGACUGAAAUAGCAGUCACAGAUUUCAGUGAAGGUUAUGGAGCAUAUGAAGAUGUGAAGAAGAAGCUUAGUGAAUUGGAUGUUGGAAUUUUGGUAAACAAUGUUGGUGUUAUACUAGAAAAACCAAUGUGUUUUAUUGACAUGACAGAAGAUGACAUAAAGAACCACAUUAAUGUCAAUAUAAUUCCGUGCAGUAUGAUAACAAAGAUGAUAUUACCUCGUAUGAUGGAAAGGAAAAAAGGAGCUAUAGUAAACAUAGCCUCUACUGCUGCUCUGCAGCCUACACCAAUGUUUGCUGUUUAUUCAGCAACUAAGGUGUAUAUGGAUUACUUUUCUCAAGCACUGCAGUAUGAAUGCAAGGACCAUAAUGUUUCUGUCCAGAACUUAAUACCUUGGUUUGUGAACACAAAAAUGGUAGGAUACAGCAAACAAUUGCAAAACUCAUGGUUUGUACCAAAUGCUGACAAAUAUGCAAGGCACGCAGUAAGGACCUUGGGAAUAGCUGAACGCACAACUGGUUACUGGCUACAUGAUAUAAUUGCAUCAAUCGUAUCCAGCACGCCACCUUGGCUCUAUAAAUUUCUCUCUGUCAGAGGACUGAAACAUCUCUCUAAGUCUCAUGUUAUGUGAUGAUGAUGAUGAUGUCAGUGUCAGUGUGAUUAUUAUGUGGAGCAUAAUUGCCUUCCUAAGUAUACAACUGCAUUAAAUUAAUAUUUAAGUAUGAGCCCUUUUUGUAAUAAUAUGAUAGUUAAUUUUUAGUUCAGAUUCAUGUGAGUUUGUGAGCUUCACAAUGAAAGAGCAGGAAGAACAUUUCAGUAGUUGUAAAUCUCUAGUUACCAUGCCAUGUAAGUGUGCCAUAAACAUUGAAGUCUAUAAAGCUCUAUUUAAUAGUU